UUAGAUUAAAUGAAUAUAUUGCGUACAACGUAUAAUUGUGUUAAUUUUUUAAGUAAUCCUUAAACAAAAUAAAUAUUCUAAUUAUAAGUUUUUUAUAAAUUUUAGCGCCACUUUUUAUGAAAAUGCUUCUAAUAUUUCGUAGCUUGAUGAAUUUGUGAACAUAUCGAACGUAAUCAACGAGAGAGAAAAGCAACGGAUUCAGCUAACCUGUAAUGUUGAUGCAAUUGUUUUUGAAUGAAUAAAUUUCAUACUAAAUAAAGGAAAUGGCAGUUGAAAAAAUUUGGAAGUCGGAAUUAUGGAAAUCAUGGGAUAAGCAAGGAAAAAAUGAUUUCCUCAAGAUAUUCAAGAACAAAUUUAAGGAAGGAGAGACCAAAGAAUGGCAACGAGGUUUAUACGAAUUGAUUUCAAACGGAGCAUCAGGGGUUCUGAAGAAAGACAAUGUUGUAGCUACUUUAGGAGAGCUCGUGACCAUCGAUCCCACCGUUCCAUCAGCCAUCGUCGACUUAUUCACCUUGAUCGAUGCAGAGGUCCAGAACGACAGCAGAAACAACUUUUGUUACAUCGUAAAAGAAAGCGAAAAGUUUCUAACUGAUAAGAUUUUAAAGGAACGUUUAGAAAUAGAUACGCUUCAAGAUGUAGGAACCUUGAAGAAUCGUAACUUUUAUACUAAAUUCAUCAAAGUAAAAACCAAACUUUAUUAUAAACAGCGUAAAUUUAAUCUAUUUCGUGAAGAAAGUGAAGGGUAUUCCAAACUUAUUGUUGAAUUAAAUCAGGAAAGACCCAGUGACGAAGUUUCUUCCACCUUGGAAAUAGUCAAAUCAUUGAUAGGCUAUUUUAAUUUAGAUCCAAACAGAGUUCUCGACAUUUUAUUAGAAACAUUCGAAAAUAGACCACAAGAUGAUGGUUUAUUCAUACCUUUAAUAAGAUCUUAUAUGAGUGAUCAUCAAGUUUUAUGUGAAGUACUAGGAUUUAAAUAUUGUUCCACUGCAGAUGGAACACCAUUUUCUUUACAAAAAGUAACAGCAUUAAUGCUCCAACAUGGAGUAAUAGAUCUAGAUGAUAUUUUACCUUGGUUAGUGCCAGCAGACAAGAUUAUUAUUAAUGAUCAUGAACAAAUUAAAGCUCAAGCCAGAGAAUAUUACCAGAAGAUGCGAAUUGUAUCAACGAAAGACAAAGAAGAGACACCCGAAGAGAAAGAGGCUCCACUGGAUAAAUAUAGUAAUAACCAAAAGUUUGGAUUGUGUGAAGCAUUGUUAGAUAUUGGAGCAUGGGAUGUAGCUCGAAAAUUAUUCAAUCGACUACCAGACUAUUGUCUGACUGAUCAGAAACCUAUAGCUUUAGCCUUAUGUAAAUUGAUCCAAUCCCUAAUUGAACCGGUCUAUCGAAAACAUUGUAUAGUAUCACCAAAAUUACCAGGUCGUAAAGUAGCUCCUUUGAAGUCUCCUUUAGCACCAGAACCUAUGCAAAACCUCGCGGAAAUACACGAUAAACUUUUACCUAUGCUCAUUAUUCUCGGUCCGAAUCUUCAUCAUGACCCCAUUCUUAUGUAUAAAAUUAUGAGAUUAUGUCAUGCUGCUAUUAAACAGCAUCCAUUCGAUUCAAAUCAACCGUUAGAUAAAAAUAAUACCAUUCAUUAUGAUAUUUUGACUAUUCUCGAUGUGGCUCUUUUACCUUCAUUAUCUUUUAUGGAUUGCAACUGUUGUGUCGCGGAGGAAAUGUGGAAUAUAUUAAAACACUAUCCCUAUCAAAAUCGUUACUGCCUUUAUGCAAGGUGGAAAAAUGAUACACUUAGCCAACAUGCAGCUCUUAUGCGUAAAAGAGGUGAUGCUGAAAAGAAAAUCAAAUCAAUUAUGAAAAGAGUUAGUAAAGAAACUAUUAAACCCGUUGGAAGGUCGAUUGGUAAAUUAACUCACUCAUCACCAGGAGUACUUUUUGAUUAUGUUCUUUUACAAAUUCAACUUUAUGAUAACCUUAUUGCACCUGUAGUGGAUUCUUUAAAGUAUUUAACAAACAUUUCUUACGAUGUACUUGGAUAUUGUUUAGUAGAAGCACUAGCAGGUGCUGAUCGUGCUAGGUUAAAGCAUGAUGGUAAUAGCAUAUCAUUAUGGCUUCAAUCUCUAGCUUCAUUUUGUGGAGCAAUUUAUAAGAAAUAUAACAUUGAAUUAACUGGCCUAUUACAAUAUGUAGCAAAUCAACUAAAAGCACAAAAAAGCUUGGAUUUAUUAAUUCUCAAAGAAAUUGUUCAAAAAAUGGCAGGUGUCGAAGCCGCUGAAGAAAUGACAUCAGAUCAGCUAGAUGCUAUGGCUGGUGGUGAUCUUUUGAAGAAUGAGGCUGGUUACUUUAGUCAAGUUCGUAACACAAAAAAAUCAUCACAACGAUUAAAAGAAGCUCUUUCUGAAAAUGACUUGGCAGUUGCUUUAUGUUUAUUAAUGGCACAGCAAAAGCAUUGUGUAGUUUAUCGAGAAACAGAUCAAUCACACUUAAAACUUGUAGGUAAACUGUAUGAUCAGUGCCAUGAUACAUUAGUACAAUUUGGAACAUUUUUGGGAUCUACAAUGACUGUAGAUGAAUACGUUGAACGACUUCCUAGUAUCCAUGGGAUGCUUCAGGAUUACCACAUACACACAGAUGUAGCAUUCUUUUUAGCACGACCGAUGUUUGCUCAUGCUAUUAAUAUAAAAUAUGAUUCAUUACGAAAAGCUGAUCCAAAUUACAAAAAAAUGUCAUCAGCAAUGAAACAAGCAAAAUGGGCAGAAGCUGCCCAAACUGUUAUGGCACCUGUUGCUCAAUCAGUUCGACCUCUUCAUCCUCUUAAAGUUUGGGAAGAUAUUUCACCGCAGUUUCUUGUUACUUUUUGGUCACUUUCUAUGUACGAUCUCUUUGUUCCAACUGAAAGCUAUCAGCGGGAAAUAAACAAAAUCAAGCAACAAGCUGCUCAAGCUGCUGACUCUAAAGAUAUCAAUGCUAGUAAAGGGAAAAAAGAGCAAGAUCGAUACACUACAUUGAUAGAAAAACUACAAGAUGAAAAGCGGAAACAGGAAGAACAUGUAGAGAAAGUGUUUGCUUAUUUAAGACAAGAAAAAGAUUCAUGGUUUUUAUCCAGAAGUGCUAAAUCAGCGAAAAAUGAAACAAUUACUCAAUUCUUACAAUUGUGUUUAUUUCCACGAUGUACUUUCACAACUGUUGAUGCAAUGUAUUGUGCUAAAUUUGUGCACACAAUUCAUUCUUUGAAGACUGCUAAUUUCUCUACUCUUCUUUGUUACGAUAGACUUUUUUGUGACAUCACUUACUCAGUAACAUCAUGUACUGAAAAUGAAGCUAAUCGUUACGGAAGAUUCCUCUGUGCGAUGUUAGAAACUGUUAUGAGAUGGCAUUCAGAGAAAGCUAUAUUUGAUAAGGAAUGUAGUAAUUAUCCUGGAUUUGUUACUAAAUUUCGAGUAAGCAAUCAAUUUUCGGAAGCUAAUGAUAUGGUUGGAUUUGAAAAUUAUCGUCAUGUUUGCCAUAAAUGGCAUUAUAAAAUAACGAAGGCUAUUGUCGUGUGUUUGGAUUCAAAAGAUUACGUACAAAUCAGAAAUUCUUUAAUUAUCUUGAUAAAAAUCUUACCUCAUUUUCCUGUACUUGCAAAACUUUCGCAAAUAUUGGAGCGAAAAGUUGAAAAAGUACGUGAAGAAGAACGUGGACAACGGCAAGAUCUUCAUGUUCUAGCUACUUCCUACAGUGGUCAAUUAAAAGCAAAGACACCUCAUAUGAUUCGUGAAUCCGAUUUUCACAAUGUCAAUGAAAAGCCAGGAAAAACUCAAGAAACUAGCAAUGAAACUACUGAAAAAACUAGCAACGGAAUUCCUACUAAAGAUGUUAGCAAUGGUGAAACUCGUGUGGAAAAAGAAAAUAAAGAACAGCGAGAAAAGCGAGCACCCUCCAGUCAAACUUACCAUGACACAUCUGAGAAAAUUCGUAAAAAAGAAGACUCAAAAGACACUCAAGAGAUUAAAGAAAAACAUAUUAAGAAGGACGAAUCUAAGGAUGAUGAGCUUUUAGACAAAAGAGAACGCAAAUACUAUAAAGAAGAACAUUAUUAUAGUGGCGGCGUGGAUAAUUUGGACAGAGAUCUCUCGAGUGUAUCGAACAGUAGUGCCAGCUCUGGCCCAGUUCAGGAUGGUCCUGACAGAGAACCGAAAAGACGAAAAUUAGAGAACAUUUCUAAAGAAAGCCGACGAGCAGAUGGAAGUAGUGAAAAAAAGGAACGCUCUAGUAAAUCAAAAGUACGAGAUGAACAGAAAGAGCUACGUAAAGAAAGAAAACUUGGUCGAAAAAGAGAUCGUGUGGACGAGUCUUUAAUCAUUGCUGAACAAAAACGGAGAAAAGAUGACGACAGGGCCAAAAAUACUCAUCAGAAUGGUGAUUUACCAGAACAUCGAGAAAAACAUCAUUAUGCUAAAGAAAAAUCUCCUUAUGGCAAAGAACGUGUUCAUGAACGUGAAGGACGCGAAGGCAGAGAUAAACAUAGGCGAAGUUCAGAUCCCAAACGAAGAUGAUGUAAAGUAAAUGGAGAAAAUUGAAUUUACAUUUUAUAUAAUACACGAAUAAAUGUAUAUGUAAUUAAGAUCAUUUCUGAAAUAAUAAAUAUUUCAUUAUAUUAUCUCUUAGCUACAA